CUGGGUAAUCAAAUCUCAGACCUACGAAUCUGGCAAACGUUUUCGAACAUUGCGUUACUUCUGGGGGCAUAUAGAGAUAUCUGUUAAUCAGGAGCAAUCUUGUUUAGAAUGGCUCGUAGUGCAGAAAAGGCUAUGACAGCUCUCGCACGAUGGAGAGCAGUUUAUGUGGAUCGUGUUCAAGAGACGAAGAAACGUCCAUAUAUCGCUUCCGAGUGCACCGGAUUGAAGGACUCACUGUAUUAUAGGCGGCAAAUUGUUCAUGAAAUAUCUCGGAAAAUAGCCCAAAUACAAAAUCCUAGCUUAGGUGAAUAUAAACUAAGGGAUUUAAAUGAUGACAUAAACAAGCUUAUUCGGGAAAAAUCGCACUGGGAAGACCAUAUAAAAAACCUUGGGGGUCCUGAUUUCAAGGCAGAAGCACCAAAAAUGCUUGAAAAAGAAGGGAAAGAAGUUCCUGGAAAUAGAGGGUACAGGUAUUAUGGAGCGGCUCGUGAUCUACCGGGAGUGCGCGAAUUGUUUGAAGAGGAUCCUCAACCAGUGGCUAGGAAAUCUAGAGGCGAGUUAAUGAAGCUUGUUGAUGUGUCAUAUUAUGGCAACUGCGAUGAAGAUGAUGGUGUAAUAGUACCUCAGGAAGCUGUUUACGAGCAAGAAGCUAUUGCAUAUAAAGUUGCUGAAUGGAAGUAUCGUAAAGCAUCCGACUGUCAACCAGGAUAUUCGUGCAAGCCACUUGGAGAUGAGUUUGAUGAAUUGGAUGAGGAUAAUGCAGAUACCAGAAAUAUAUAUGACGUUGGUGACAAUCCAGCUGAUAUAGAAUUAAUGCGUCUUUAUGAAGCAAUCGAUGAAAAUAAUGAAGUUGGAUCCAUCGACUUUUCUAAUGCAGAGCAGUUAGUAGCGUUAAUAAAUGACGAUGAAAAUUCAGAUGAUCAUACAGGAAGGUCGGCCAGCAAAUCUAUGAGUUCAUUAAGCACUACGGUGAAGCGAGCAUUCGUUGCCCAUGUUCCAGUCUACUCCCAAGAGCAGAUUGAAGCAGCAUUGGUAGCCCAGCGCAAACGUGAAAUUCUCGAAAAAUAUAUGUCUAGUGAUCUGCUAGCAAGUAUGGCACAAACUGGAGAAAUUCUUGGCAUUGAAAAUAGUGAUGAAGCAAACUCUAAUUAUCCGGUUCUAAACGACAGUCAAUUUUUAUCAAUGCCAAUAACAGAUUCCAAUGGUAAAAUUGAUUUAGACACAAAUGAAGAAGAGGACUAACACUUCAUUUGAUGACUUUUUGAAUGUAUAUUUUUUUGUACAAAUUUUAAACAAUUAAAUAUUAAAAUCACAACUUUUUUUGUGUUUUAUAUCAUUAUGGGAUGAACUCGAUAGUAAUUUUUAGUCUGUUACAUAUAGUUCACUUUUCCUACAAUCAACUGUAAGCAUAGCGAUUGUCUUUGACUUCAUAACUUAUCUAUCCUUCUUUUUAUUCAAGCAUAUGCAUAGUCGUUGUAGACAAUUUAUUACUGUGAUACCUUAUUUCGUUCGAUGUAACUUUCCAGUGAACUUUACCAUUAAAUUUCAUUCAAAUAUUAAAGAGUAG